GAAAAUUUUCCGAUAGCCAUGGUGAAAGGCACCAACGCCGAGCAAGCCCUCGCUGGAGAAGCGUCGUGUAGCCGCCGAAAGAGGCAACAAGUUCCCUCCAUUGUUGAAGAAGAAGGCGAGAAUGGUGUAGGAGAUGUGGUGGCACAAUCUGGAACGUUGUUCGAGCUAGAUCUCCUCGAUUGUCCUGUUUGCUGUCACGCACUCACGAGUCCUAUCUUUCAGUGUGACAAUGGACAUAUAGCUUGUUCUUCUUGUUGUACUAAUCUGAGGAACAAAUGCCCUGCUUGCACUUUGCCCAUUGGUGAGUUUCGAUGCCUGAUAAUGGAGAAAGUUGUGGAAGCAGUCAUUGUCCCAUGUCCAAACACUAAACAUGGCUGCACCGAUGAUGAUGAAGAAGAAGAAGAAGGCGAGAAUGGUGGAGGAACGAGGACUGGAGAUGUGGUGAAAUCGGAGGCAAGAUCGGGAACGCUGUUCGAUCUACAUCUUCUCGAUUGUCCUGUUUGCUCUAACGCACUCACGAGUUCUAUCUUUCAGCAGUCAUUGUCCCAUGCCCAAACGCUAAACGGCUGCACCGAGACAUUCUUUUAUGGCAAAGAGUUAGUCCAUGAGAAGGAAUGCGGUUUUUCUCUGUGCUAUUGUCCUUCACCAAACUGCAAAUACAGCGGCGUGUACAAGGAUCUCUACAGUCACUACGCUACUAAGCACAAGGUCACGGGAGAAUGUUUCAGGUAUGGCGAUUCCAUUCAUGCAUGCAUGAACGUCGAGUCGAAGUUUUCGGUCUUUCAGAAAUAUACAGAUGGUCCAUUGGUUGUGCUUCAGUGUUUCAAGGAACCAUACGGAUUGUUUUUUACUGUGAAUUGUAUAGCACCUUCUGCUCCAGGAGUUGGAAAGUUAUCCUAUAAGCUAUCCUACUCGACGGCAGGUGACACUUUGACGUUUAGAUCGUCGGAGAUGAAUAGGAUUCAGAAAGUGAGCUUCCAAACUCCAGAGAAGGACUUCAUGUUUGUUCCUGACUAUUUCUUGACUUGGGCGGGUGGUGUCGUGAAGUGUAUGCGUCUUUGUAUCCGCAGCCUAGAAGAAGAAGAAGAAGAAGAGGAAGAAGAUGAUGCUGAAGAAGAAUAUGAAGCUGAUGAAGAAGAUGAAGAAGAAGAUGAAGACUAAGAGGAGGAAUUAUCAUAUCAUUUCUGAUGUUGGUCGUUUUGUUUGUAUGCAUUAUCACUCACCUGCAGAAGUUCUCAGUUUCUCUUUUUGUUGUUGUUCUAUUUGCCAUAGUUAUGUUCCACAUUGUGAGGUUGUUCUGGAAUUAAGGUUAUAGUGCUUUUGAAGAACUAGGUUUGAUUCUUCUAACUUUCUCUGAUGCAAUUCACAUUUGGUGAUAUCGUUUUCGCUAGUCUAUGAAAAACUCGUUGAUGUCGAAAAUGAUCCAAGAAGAUAAUACUCUGUUGGUAUUUUGCUCUGUUCAAUUUGAUUUCUCCAAAGUUUAUAAGCACUUUCUCAGCUGUGUUGUUGUCUUUUCCAUCUCUGCAUAAUGUUUUUAGAUUGUCAAAUAUUUGCUGUUCUAUAGCAUCAUGAAUCUUCAAUAGACAUGUCACUUCUUCUUGUCUUUAUUAUAAAACAAAACAAAAAAGACACAUAAAUUAUAAAAGAUUAACCUGAAAAGAUGUGAGGAAACAAACAAUCUCCACCAUGAGAGUAUAAAAAGCUUGAUAGCUUUUAUUGUUUGAAUUUGGAAAGGGUUCUUAUCA